AUGGUGAAGAUCAAGAGCAUCGAAUACUUCCGAGUCUUGCCUCGAUGGCUCUUCGUCAAGAUCACUGACGAAGAGGACAAAUAUGGCUGGGGCGAAAGUACCCUUGAAGGUCACACCGAGGCCGUGGAAGGCACCUUGAACGCCCUAUGCAAAAGAUUCGAGGGCUACGAAGCCGACAACAUCGAACACAUCUGGCAAAUGGCAUGGCGCCUCGGUUUCUACCGCGGUGGCCCAGUCUUCAUGUCAGCCAUCUCCGGCAUCGACAUUGCCCUGUGGGACCUGAAGGGCCGCCGUCUAGGCGUACCAGUGUACCAACUUCUAGGCGGCAAAGUCCGCAACAAGCUCUCAGUCUACGCCUGGAUCGGCGGAGACCGUCCUGCAGAUGUUGGCGAAGCCGCGAAGGCCCGCCUAGCGCAGGGAUUCAAGGUUGUCAAGAUGAAUGCAACUGAGGAUGUCAACUGGCUUGACUCUCCAAGUGUAUUGGACUCCAGUGUUGAGCGUCUGAAGACUGUUAAGGCGCUUGGCAUGGACGCGGCACUCGAUUUCCAUGGCCGUCUCCACAAGCCAAUGGCUAAGCAACUAGCCAAGGCGUUGGAGCCACACCGUCCACUUUUCCUCGAGGAACCGCUUCUUUCGGAACAUCCCGAGGGAAUCAAGCAACUCUCCGAGCAGGUUUCUUGUCCUAUCGCCCUUGGUGAGAGGUUAUAUAGUCGCUGGGAUGUUAAGCGGUUCCUGGAAGAUGGUAGCGUGGAUGUUCUACAGCCUGAUAUCAGUCACUGUGGUGGUAUAUCGGAACUGCGCCGCAUCGCCAAUAUGGCGGAGACGUACGAUGUUGCUAUUGCGCCUCAUUGUCCGCUGGGACCUAUUGCACUGGCUGCUUGUAUGCAGGUGGAUCUUUCAAUUUCCAACUUUGUCAUUCAAGAGAUGGGCAUCGGAAUGCAUUAUAAUCUCGACGCUGGUGAAUAUGAUAUCACUAGCUAUGUCAAGGACCCGAAGGUGUUUAAUGUGCGGGAUGGGUACGUUGAGGCUUUGAAAGCUCCUGGGCUGGGGAUUGAAGUGGACGAGGAAGUCGUUCGACGUGUGGCUCAGAACACUCCUGCUUGGCAGCCAAAGGAGUUUUUUGGUCCUGAUGGGUCUAUUCGAGAGUGGUAA